AUGGCGCAAUUGAAAGUACAUAACUCUCUCCAGCCAGGGCCAGCUGUACCAUUUACGCCCAAGGAAGAAGGCAAGGUAUCGUGGUAUGCUUGCGGUCCUACGGUUUACGAUCAUUCGCAUUUGGGACAUGCUAGGAAUUAUGUGUCCACCGAUAUUAUCCGGAGGGUGAUGCGGGAUUACUUUGGCUACAAAAUUAUAUUGAAAGCCCGUAGACAAAGAUUGCUCGAAAUAGAGAAAUCCAGAAAGUAUUCCGAAUCAGACCUGGCAAAGUUGGCUGCAACCGCUUUUCAGUCAUACGCCGAAGCAAAUCUACCAGAGCUUCUUACGUCGUCGGACGAUUCUCCAUUAAGUCCCAGCAAUUACGUAGCGCGAAGAGAUGCGGCAUAUGCAAAGGUGUUGGCUGGGGGGACUCUUACUGGGGAGGGAAAGCCAGGAGAUGCGGAGGCUAAGAUGAAGAUGCAUCUGAGCAACCUCACAGCGGCGGCCGCGGCGAUACAGGAAGAGAAGGUCUUUGGUGGAGCGGACGAGAUUUUAUUGCCAUAUCUGGAUUCGCUGUAUAAGGACUCAAUCGAUGGAGCGGACCAUACCAUAUUUACCGAUGUGACAAAAUAUUGGGAGGACGAUUUUAUGGGUGAUAUGGAUGCUCUUAACGUUAUGCGACCAGACACUAUUACACGGGUUACGGCCUAUGUUCCUCAAAUUGCCAAAUUUGUAGAGCAGCUUGUUGCGAAGGGUUUCGCAUAUGAGGCAGAAGGGUCGGUAUAUUUCGACAUUGCCGCGUUUGAGGCGGCUGGAAAUCCGUAUGCACGACUGCGGCCCGAGAGUAGAAAUGAUAAAGCGUUACAAGAGGACGGCGAAGGAUCGUUGUCAAAAAGUCUUGGAGGUAAGCGAGGUCCCGGUGAUUUUGCGUUAUGGAAAAAGUCGAAGCCAGGAGAACCCGUGUGGGAUAGUGUUUGGGGAGGUGGCCGACCUGGUUGGCACAUUGAGUGCUCUGUCAUGGCUUCUGAUGUGCUUGGUUCACAGAUGGACAUCCACUCAGGAGGGAUUGAUCUUGCUUUCCCUCAUCACGACAACGAACUGGCUCAGUCAGAAGCAUAUUUCUGUGAGCACGGAAAGGGCCCUCAUAGUUGGGUUAAUUACUUCUUACACAUGGGCCAUCUUUCAAUCGCGGGGUCGAAAAUGUCAAAGUCUCUCAAAAACUUUCAAACUAUUAAGGAUGCGUUAAAAACGGACUAUAGCCCCAGAGGCAUGAGAAUUGUCUUUUUGAUGGGUCGAUGGAAUGAUGGUGUCGAGAUAUCAUCGGAUAUGAGGACCAUGGCGGAGGGGUGGGAGACUACUGUCAAUAACUUCUUCAUCUUGGUUAAAUCCUUGAUUGCUGACAAAGGUUCACAUGUCACCUCGACUGCUGAGAGUUUAACGAACUUAACAAUAGACAGUGAGACCCAGGAGGGGCUCUAUGCUAACCUAGCGAAAGCAAGGGAUGCAAUGGAAAGUGCUUUAAAUGACUCAUUCGAUACUCCGAAAGCCAUGCAAGUGUUGUACGGCUUGAUCAAGGAGGCCAAUAUCCAUGUCAAUACCCAUAAAGCGAACGUGGACGUACCUGGUCUAGAGGCAAUUGCACGAUGGGUCACAAAAAUGGUUGGAAUCUUUGGUUUAGAUUCCGCUGCAGCGCCACCUUAUGAUGGCUUAGGAUGGACGAGCACUGCUUUCACUGGUGAGCUUACACCUUUGGAGAUAGCAGAACCGUUCCAUACAAUGUUGGAGCGUGUACGAGACGAGAUUGAGCGAUUAGAUAUUCACUCACCAGCCCUGGACGCGAUCCUUGCAACGAAAGUUGACACGGAGUUUGAGACGCUCACAUCGAGUGGAACGAGGGACCCGGAGGCUCUGGUCAUGCCAUAUCUUCGCGUUGUCGCCAAGGCACGAGAUGAGAUUAGAAAGCUGGCGCCAACAUCGCCGGUCAAGAAAGAAAUUCUUGCACUUUCAGAUCGCAUUAGAGAUGAAGAGUUGACCAAUCUUGGUGUAUAUCUCGAUGACAGAAGUGAUCAGGGGGCAUUGAUCAAAUUCGUUUCAAAAGAGGAGCUGCUCGCUCAACGCGAAGAAAAAGCCGCCAAGGAAAAAGAAAAGCUUGCUCAGAAAGAGGCGGCAAAACUGGCUCGCGAGAAACUCGAAGCUGAGAAAGCAGAAAAAGCGAAAGUCAGUCCACUGGAUAUGUUCCGUGAUGAUCGAUAUAGCGAGUGGGAUGAAGAGGGUAUUCCUACCAGGACGAGCGAUGGGAAGGAAGUACCUAAGAGUGGGAUAAAGAAGAUGAAGAAGGAUUGGGAGAGACAGAAAAAGGCUCAUGAGGAAUGGAAAGCGAAAUCUCAGGCUUAG